AUGACUUUCCAGCUUAUGGAAACCUGCCUGGGUAUAGUGUCAAAGGGACAUAAGGCAUGCCCUAUAUGUGAAGAUAAUACAUGUUAUACACAACUUGUCCAUGGCAGAAAGACAGUCUACUUGGGUCACCGGAGGUUUCUUGAUAGAGCUCACCCUUACAGGAGAUUAAAAAAGGCUUUCAAUGGGCAACAAGACUAUACAGAUGCUCCACAACCAAUGACUGGGAUUGAAGUUUAUGAACGUGUAAAAGGUAUAAAUUUUACUUUUGGUAAAACUCAAAAGCUUAAAUCUCAAAGAGGUAAGAGGUCAAGAGCUAAUGUUGAGCAACUAUUGCCAGUGGUUGUCAGAGGUAUAUUGCCCAAAAAGUUGAGAUAUACUAUUAUAAGAUUUUGUUUCUUUUUCAAUGCUAUCUGUGGAAAAGUGAUUGAUCCAGACAAACUAGAUGAGUUGCAAAAUGGCAUUAUUGUUACAUUAUGCCAGUUGGAGAUGUAUUUUCCACCGUCAUUUUUUGAUGUCAUGGUUCAUUUGGUUGUACAUCUAGUGCGAGAGAUCAGACAAUGCAGUCCUGUUUAUUUGAGGUGGAUGUACCCAUUUGAACGGUACAUGAAAGUCUUAAAAGGUUAUGUGAGGAACCGAUAUCGACCAGAAGCAUCAAUUGUUGAAAGCUAUAUUGCUGAGGAGGUAACUGAAUUUUGUACUGAGUAUUUGGCGGGGGUAGAAGCUAUUGAUCUUUCUAAGUAUCGACAUGAAGGAAGAAGUGCUGGGAAAGGUACUCGAAGAUGCAAAGUAGCCAGUAUGCCUCGUGAAGAUAUUGAGGAAGCACAUUUGUACAUCUUGCAUAAUACAAGUGAAGUCGAGCCAUAUUUAGAUGAGCACAAUGCAUUAAUUAAAGAGCAAAAUCCAAAAAAGACAGACAUGUGGAUUGUGAGCGAACAUAAUCGUACUUUUAUUAGUUGGUUCCAAAAUAAAGUUCUGAGUGCUACUAACUAUUCUGAAACAGUACGAUGGUUAGCUCAUGGUCCUUGUAUGCAAGUCAUAUGUUAUACUGGAUAUGAUAUAAAUGGAUUUUCUUUUUAUACAAAAAAACAAGAUGAAAAAAGCACUAUGCAAAACAGUGGAGUUUCUUUGGUUGCAAAUUCAGUGCACUUCAGUAGUUCGAAAGAUAAAAAUCCGAUCAUUGCAGAGUUGUCAUAUUAUGGUGUGAUUGAAGAAAUAUGGGAGGUUGAUUAUGUUCAGUUCAGAGUGCCGAUGUUCCGAUGUAAAUGGGUAGAUAGUAAACAUGGUGUUAAAGCUGAUGAGUUAGGGUUUACACUUGUCGAUUUGAACAGGGAAGGUCACAAAAAUGAGCAAUUCAUAAUGGCAUCUCAAGCAAAAUAA